AUGGCUAAUCGAUUGAAUCCUCUGUUAAGGGGCUUGAUUUAUGAAAAUCAAAGUGGUUUUGUUUCUGGGAGACCAAUCACUAAUAAUGUAAUGCUCAGUCAGGAAAUAGUUCAUGAUAUCUCUAAUCUUAAUAAUGGUGGUAAUGUUGUUCUUAAACUAGAUAUGGCCAAAGCAUAUGAUAGAUUAUCAUGGUCUUUCUUAAUAAGCUGUUAUGUAGGUUUGGCUUUAAUGAUGAUUGAUGUAAUUUGGAGAAGUAUUUCUAAUGUGUGGUACUCUAUAAUUGUGAAUAGUACUAAACACGGCUUCUUUACUUCUUCCCAAUGUCUUAAACAAGGUGAUCCCAUAUCUCCAUACCUUUUCAUCAUUGCUGCUAAAGUUUUAUCUAGAUCCCCGAAUAGUUUGCUACAUAACAAUGCUUUCAUUCCUUUCUCAAUGCAUAGAAAUGGACCUCAGAUUACUCACUUGACAUAUGGUGAUGAUGAUGUGAUCUUUAGUAGUGGAAAUACCAAGUCCAUAAAGUUGAUCAUGAAACAAAUUAUGAACUAUGAAUGUGUUUCUGGACAGAAGGACAACUGGACAGAAUUGGGACCUUUGGCACACAUUUGUUCAAGCUACAUCACUGCUAGAAAUGCCAAAAAUAAGGUCAAUGAUUUCAUGAUUACUAAUAGGUGGGAUGCACAGAAGCUAUACAAUACACUACCUAACCAAAUUGCUCUACACAUUAUAUCUAUAGAGUUGGGCCAUGAAGACAAGAAUGAUUAUGCUAUAUGGAAUGAUACUGAGGAUGGUCACUUCACAAAUGGUUCUGCUUAG